AUGGCGCAGCAUUCCAGUAUCGCGCGGUCGGCAAUCUUGACGUCCGCCAGCUUACCCGAUCCUGCCACAGGGGAUCAGAAGAGUAUAUAUCAAGCCAAUAUCACCUCAAAUGGAUCUAAUCUCGGCUCGGGGAAAGAAGGAACUCUGGCACAUCCGAAAACCGUGGUCGGGAGAGCGCUAGGGAAUGACCUGCAUUCCGAUGCCCACAAAACGUCGCAGGCGCCCAAGGGCGGUGUCGGAACCGCACUGACAGACACUCCGAUUUCUACCGCACCCCCGUCUCCACAGAUAUCUGCUAGUAACCAAUCUGGCACACCAAACCGAGUUCGGGCGACGACGCUUGAUAUUCCCGGCCUGACCAAAUCCAAGGUCUCCCCAGAUGGCAGAAUCGCCCAGCGAGAUGUCGGAGCCAAGUUGGUCAUAGUCAUGGUUGGUCUGCCAGCCCGUGGCAAAAGUUAUAUCACAAAGAAGUUGGCUCGUUACCUGAACUGGCUUCAACAUGACACUGAAAUAUUCAACGUCGGUGAACGUCGCCGUGUCGCUGCAGGAAGAUCACCCUCGUCGGCCGCUUUUGGUCAGGAUAAGAGUCCGAAAAACUUCCACAGAGACCUCGUCGAUUCCGUACGCCGACUGAGCGUUAGUGUUGGGACCAUGAAGCAGCCCGAGUCGCCGCCAGAAGAUGAGACCAAGCUUCCACCUCCAGUGAUUCCGGCUAAGAUUCUUAUUAAUGGUGAAGAAUCCUCGGUUCCACAGAAUGGGAGCACUAAUGAGCAGUCGGCUAUUCAAGACGAAGGCAUCGCGAAGGAAGCCUCCUAUGAGCCGAUGGAUCAGUCCGCCAAUUUCUUCGAUCCCCAGAACCAACGCGCUGUCAAACUCCGAGAGCAAGUGGCUCUUGAUACUUUGGACGAGCUACUUGAGUACAUCAUGGAGGAAGGCGGUGCUGUCGGUAUUCUAGAUGCCACUAACAGUACUAUGGAGCGUCGCAAGGCCAUUGUUGAUCACAUUCGAAAGCGUGUUGGCCCUGAGCUUGGCAUCCUGUUCCUGGAGAGUCGAUGUGUGGACAAUGAUUUACUUGAGGCAAACAUGCGUCUCAAGCUAUCUGGCCCUGACUACAGGGGCCAAGACCCCGCAGGGGCGCUCGAAGAUUUCAAGAAGCGAGUUGCUCUCUACGAAAAGUCUUACGUUCCGCUUGGCGAGUACGAAGAGAAGCAUGGCGUGGCUUAUAUCCAAAUGAUCGAUGUCGGUCGCAAGAUGGUCUCCCACCAAACCCAUGGUUUCCUUUCUUCGCAAGUCGUGUACUAUUUACUUAACUUCAAUUUGUCUCCUCGUCAGAUUUGGAUCACCCGACACGGUGAGAGCAUAGAUGACCAGGCUGGUCGUAUCGGUGGAGAUUCCAAUCUCAGCGAGAAUGGCAAACGGUAUGCCAAGGCCCUGACUCGCUUCAUCGACCACCAACGAAGGCAAUGGGAAGCAUACCAGCAGCAAAAGGACAUGAUGAAGCACUUCCCACCGCGCCCUGGUGACAGUACUCCACCCAACCCAUCAUACAUCCCCCGUGACCGCCCGCGCAACUUCUGCGUGUGGUCUUCCAUGAUGCAGCGGGCUAUCCAGACGGUUGAGAACUUCAACGAAGAAGAUUACGACGUCAAGCAGAUGCGCAUGCUGGACGAACUCCACUCUGGAAAGAUGGAAGGUAUGACCUACAAGGAGAUACAACGACAAUAUCCCGAGGAAUAUGCCCAUCGCAAGAAGGAUAAGCUCUACUACAGGUACCCUGGUCCCGGAGGUGAGGGUUAUCUGGACAUCAUCAAUCGUCUUCGAACCGUCAUUGUCGAAGUGGAGCGCACCACUGACCACGUUCUACUGGCCACCCACCGAUCUACUGCUCGAGUCCUACUUGCUUACUUCCGUGGCUUGAAGCGUGACGAGGUUGCCAACUUGGACGUCCCCAUGGGAAUGCUUUACAUGUUGGAACCCAAGCCUUACGGUGUUGAAUUCAAGGCAUAUAGAUACAACCCUGAUAGCGAUUGGUUUGAUGAGAUGCCGAACUAUGAGCUCCAUCAAGUGGGUGAAAAAGAGACGGUUUACUAA